AACAACGUGACAAAAAUUGUAGAAAUAAUUAGUAAUUGUAGAAAUAAUUUUUUAACUUGUCAAAUUAAGUACAAAGUUUUGCCGGCUUGUCUUAAUUUGAAAUUUAUUAUUUUAUCAAGCCUAUUUGAUUUUUUAAACAUAUUAAGAAAAAAAUAUAAGGAUGAGUGAUACUGAAUCAAAAUCAAAUGAUGAAGCUCCAUUGAACGAAAAAUCUGAAAAUGGAAAUUCAACAGAGAAUAAUGAAGAUAACACAGAGAAAACAAAAGAUAAUUCUACAGAAGGCAAAGAAAGUAUCAAUAAUGACAAAUCUGAAGUUACUUCUAAAUUAGAAGCGGACAUAAUUCGGCAAAUAGAGUAUUACUUUGGUGAUGCUAAUUUACAACGUGAUAAAUUUUUAUUGGAACAAAUUAGUAAAACUGAAGAAGGAUGGGUGCCAUUUUCAGUUCUAUUAACAUUUAAACGAUUAGCAAGUUUAUCAACGGAUGUCGAGGAAAUUGUUAAUGCUAUUAUGAAGUCAGAUGAAGGUUUAUUAGAAGUAAGCGACGACAAAACAAAAGUAAGAAGGCAUCCGGAACGACCCAUUCCUGAGUAUAAUGAAGAAAGAAGGAAAGAAAUACAUUCAAGAACUGCUUAUGUUAAAGGAUUCCCGUUAGAUUCAGAAAUGUCGGAUUUAAUAGAUUAUUUUAAUCCAUACGAAAAAGUAGUCAACAUUACUAUGCGAAAAUAUUUGGACAAACCAACAAAAAGUUAUAAAUUUAAAGGAAGUGUUUUUGUUACCUUUGCCAAAAAAGAACAGUGCGAAGAAUUUAUAAACAAAGAAAAGGUUCAAUUUAAUGAACGUGAUCUGAUCCGUAAAUGGCAAGAAAAAUAUGUGGAAGAGAAACGUGAGGAAAUUAAAUCGAAAAAGUUGAAAAAAGGAAACAAGAAAGAAGAAGAUGAAAAUAAAAUUCAACUUCCAAAAGGGGCACUUAUUCAUUUUGAUGGUGUAACAGAUGAAACAUUAAAGCGAGAAAAAAUUAAAGAAAAUUUAGAGGAACUUGGCGCUCAAAUUGCAUUUAUUGAAUACAAUAAAGGAGAUAAGAGCGGUUAUAUUCGUUUGGCUGUAGAAGAUAGUGCCAAAUUAAUCCUUGAUAAAAUUGAAAAUAACAAACUUAAACUAAAAGGCACAGAAGUUGAACUAACUUUAAAACUGGUCGAAGGCGAUGAAGAAAAAGAAAUUUUGAAAAAAGCUGUUGAAUCUAUGCAAAGUCGAAGAAACAAUACCAGACAACAUUCAAAAGGUGGUUUUAACAAAGGAGGUGGACAUAAUCGUAAACGAAAGCAAAAUAGACGCGAUAAUCAAACAGAUGACAUUGAAGGUGAUGAUGGUGAACCGCCUGCAAAACAAGAAAAAGAAGUAAACUAAAAUAUUUUCACACAUUACUUCAAAUACUUGAACGUAUGUACCUAUCCAAAUUAGGUACAAAAUAUUUUUAACUUUAUAAUAUUUGAAACUAAAUGUUAAUUUUAAGUGAAUUUUACCUUUAAUUUCUCAAUCUAUUGAUUAGAGCAACUUCAAUAAAAAUUUUUUGAAGAG